UGCCAGUUACGAGUUGCCAGUUGUCAGCUCCCUGUGCUCAGCUCUCCCAGCUCCCAGCUCACAAAUUGCAGAUGCCAGCUCCCCAUUACGUUCUCCAUCCCCAGCUGGGCUGCUAACACAGUACUACUACCAAUCAAACCUGCUCGGGAACUCUCCUCGCUGGCCAAACUGGAGUGCCGGAUAAGGCGGAUAAGCCGCACACAAGCGCACCCGAACUGGAAGCCAGCGGACCAAUGGGCGUCCCGCAUGGAGAACGAGCAACCCUCGUGCGAUUCGACCGCUGGCAACUUAACUGUGCUGCGCAGAGCGGGCCCAGUUAGUCAGCCUUGCGCAGUCGAUGCGAACGGACGCGUCGCUCCAGAGAAAAGUUGAGAAAAGAAUUGCAUAUAGUAAUUGAGCCUAUUGAGCAAGCGAAACCCCUGGUGACCGCGUGUGAACUUGAAACUUACGAUUAUAACAGACAUAUUUAAGAUGGUCUUAAACGGCAUGCCCAUCACAAUGCCAGUACCAAUGCCAGUGCCUAUGCCAGUGCCCAUGCCUGUGCCCAGUCCACCGGCCACCAAGUCCCGCGUGGCCAUCGACUGGGACAUCAACGACUCCAAGAUGCCGUCGGUGGCGGAGUUCGACGAGUUCAACGACUGGUCCAACGGACACUGUCGGCUCAUCUACUCCGUGCAGAGUGAUGAGGCCAGGAAGCAUGCCAGCGGUUGGGCCAUGCGCAACACCAACAACCACAACGUGAAUAUCCUGAAGAAGAGCUGUCUGGGAGUGCUCCUCUGCAGUGCCAAAUGCAAGUUGCCCAAUGGAGCCAGUGUGCAUCUCAGGCCCGCCAUUUGCGACAAGGCCAGGAGGAAGCAGCAGGGCAAACAGUGUCCCAAUAGAAAUUGCAAUGGACGCUUGGAGAUCCAGGCCUGCCGCGGCCACUGCGGCUAUCCAGUGACCCACUUCUGGCGCCGUGACGGCAGCGGCAUCUACUUCCAGGCCAAGGGCACCCACGAUCACCCACGGCCCGAGGCCAAGGGAUCCACGGAGGCGAGGCGGCUUUUGGCCGGAGGACGACGUGUGCGCAGUCUGGCCGUGAUGUUGGCCAGGGAAUCAGCACUGAGCGACAAGCUGAGCAGCCUGAGACCCACAAAACGGCAGGCCAAGACCCAGUCGAUGCAGGAGAGCAAGCGCAGGAGGAUGGGAGCUGCGGAUGUGAUCCCAACCAAGUCAGUGGAGUCAGUGGAAGCGCCCAGCUAUCUGCCCACAUCGACCCCCACACACAGCAGCAACUUCAAUCAGACUCAGGGAUCGUAUGUGCCCGCAGGACUGGGAUCAGUGAGCAGUCAGUGGAACGGAGAGAUUUACUACGAAACGGAGGAUCCAUCCUAUGCCAAUGGCAUGUACACAUAUGACAUGCUCCACUCACCACUCUCCGCGCACAGCUCCACGGGCAGUUAUUACCAGGAGAACAGGGCGCAACAGCAACUGCAGCACUCGCAAUACCAGCAGCAACUCUCUCCGCAGCAACACGUGCCCGUCAGCUAUGAUCCCAGCCAGCCAAUCUCCUCCAGCCUGCAGUGCGGAAUGCCUUUGUACGAAAGCUGCGACGAUACGUCCAGUUUGACCAGCAGCUCGGGCUACAGCUCCGAGGAUUAUGGCUACUACAAUGGAUACCUACCCAACUCCCUGGACAUGAGCAACGGCAGCCAAAGCCAGAAUCCCAGCCAGGACGGAAGUUUCUACACCACCAGCUCGGAGAUCUUCAGUGUCUUUGAAUCGACUCUCAAUGGCGGCGGCGUGUCCAGUGGCGUGGAUCUCAUCUAUGACGAAGCAACCGCCUACCAGCAACAUCAGCAACCGAGCAAUUUCCUGCAGCUCGCCAACUACCAACAGGAGCCGCAGGAUCAGAUGCAGACCGGCGACUACUACUACAGCAACACGGGCGUGGACAACUCGUGGAACAUCCAAAUGGACGCGACAUAUCAGCCACCAGUCACCAGCACGGAUCCCAUCUACUGCUAGGGGAUCGGGUUAAGAUCUCUCAUCGCAGCCAUCGCAACUACUAUUACUGAGCCACUCAAGCGUUGUUCUAGUCCCUAGUUGAUUGAUUUGCAUUCAUGUUCCCAUUGCUUGUUGGUCUUAUUAUUACAUAUAUGAUAUAUUGUAUUGAACGUUUCUAGUUUUGUACUUUUGUACUUGUUUCCCCAGCUAUUCCAAAGUUUUAGAGCACGUAAGAGUAAUAGUAUACUUAAGCACAUAGAGUUUUAAGUCACAUUUCCCACCUAUUUAUGAACUUUUUUGUAGUAAUAAACAUUUUUUAAACAAAAAACCCCAAUCGAAGUAGCCUUUUUCGGUGGAGUUACACUUGUCAAACAAGGAAAACCAGAAACCAGACAAAUAAUCAGUAUAACAUUACUAGCGGCAGGAGUAACACCUUGAGGUUUUCCAAAACAACAAGUUUAAAUUCGUUAGUCAUCCAAAAUCGUGUAAAAAUGCGUGUUUGUCGUCCUAAAAAAUGUAUCGUCGAUUA